AUGUCGGGGGCGAACAGUGAUCAGUUACAUAGGUCUACAUUGUCUGUUUACACGAACCUGAUGGAACAGUUCAAUCCAGGUCUACAGACGCUAGUUACAUUAGGAAACAGCUAUGCCAAGGCUUUCCAAGCCUUGGCUGUUACCAGUGAGGCCUACUUUAGUGCUGUAGCGAAGAUGGGAGAACAAGCCCUUCACACACUCUCCUCUCGCUCACUUGGAGAUGUCCUGGUACAGAUAUCUGAUACGCAGAGAAGACUCACAGCUGAGAUGGAGGGAGUGUUUCGAUGGUUCCAGGUAGAAGUUUUACAGGCCAUGGAGAAGAAUGUCAAGUUGGAUGAAGAGUACAUUGACGGCAGUCGCAGGGUGUAUGAGCUGGAGGUGAGGAACCAGGCAGAAGCUCUGGAGAGACAGCUGAGAAGAGGAGCCUUCAGAGACUCACUGGAGCACAGUGAGUACAUGCAGUACCUGAGACAGAGUCAACAUGACAUUAUGAAGGAGGAGGAGAGGAGGUAUCGCUUCCUGGCAGAGAAACACUGCGGACUGACACAGUCACUGCUCUUCCUCAUCAACAAGACAGGGGCUUCCCUACAGCAGAAGGCUGAUGGAUGGAAGGAGAAAGUGAACGAGACACGAGGCUCCAGACCCCGUAGCCCCACCCACCCUGACCAGGAAGAACAGCUGUGUGGCUCAGUGAGCUCUCUGCUGCAGACAGUAGAUGAGGACAGAGACAUGUCUUGGGCCAGGAGAGAACAGCAGGCCCUGGGGAGAGUGCCCUCUAGAGCCCCGUCCCCCCUCCACAGCCGAUCCCGCUCCUCCUCAGUGGGUGAGUCUCUUGGUCUGGGUGGGGGUAGGACCAUGAGAGCCCUGGUGUCCCACCCGCCCUCCUCCAACCCCAAACUCCUACCCUUCACCCGGGGAGAGAUGGUUACCGUGUUGGUCCAGGAGCCGAGGAAUGGGUGGCUGUAUGGAAGAACGGAUAGCAGCCUACGCCAGGGCUGGUUCCCAGCAGCUUAUGUUGCUUCUAUUGAGGAGUUCUCUAACCUCUUGGGGUCAAGUGGUACUUCCUUGAGGAGCCACAGCAUGAACAACCUAUUGGAUCCCUCUGACACCUCCAUGGACCAAUCAGAAAAGGCCUACGGUGAUGUCGUGCCCCCUGCCACACCCACUCGCAGGGCCUCCGUCGACUUCCGACCAAUCUCUCCCCUCCCUGAGAGGAUGGCGGAACCAGAGAUUGUGACGAGAACAAAUAGCCUGAAGGGCUAUAGCGAGCUCCCGCCCCCUCCUCCUCCGCCCCCGCCACCCCCUCAGCCAACAACAGUGCUCCGGAGGGGGGGAACCAAUCCCUUUGCGACAGUGAAGCUUAAACCAACAACCACCAGUGACAGAUCAGCACCCAGGACUCACUGA